AAACGGUUUAGAUUUGAACCGGAGUAGGGGCUACAGUCCGCAGUUGAGGUGCUUCCCUGCUUCCCCCUCCCCCCUCGAAGAACCUCAACAAACCCCAGCGCCACUCCCGCCGUUGGCCGUUCGGGCUUCCCGUCUCCAUUCCGCAGCACUAUGACAGACCGCGAUAGGUACCGGGACCGUGACCGAGAAAGGGAACGCGACCGAGACCGAGAGAGGGAGAGACGACGAGACAAAGACGAGCGCGACUGGGACCGGGAGCGAGAGAGAGAACGAGAUCGAGACAGAGAAAGAGACCGGGACAGAGACAGGGAGAGGACCCGAAGCAAGAGAUCCCGCACUCCUGACCACCACCGGUCCCGCUACACACGCUCCCGCACGCGCUCUCCCGACCGCUACCGCUCACGCUCUCGCUCUCCCGACCGCGACAGAGACCGCUCUUAUCGUCAUCACCGGUACUGGACUCCGUCUCCGGAGCCACCGCGCAAGCGGCAUCGACACGAGUCCGCUGAGGACGAGAAGGAUAAGGACCGGAAGAAGGCGGUUUCUGAUUUCGUGGACGAGAUUGCGAAAGAGCAGCAGCAAAAGAAGGAGAAUAACGCCAGCAAUGGUAAUGGUGUUGGGGGGGAGGAGGAGUUGAUGGAUGAGGAUGAAAUUGAGAUGAUGAAGAAAAUGGGGAUCCCCGUUGGGUUCGAUUCUACCAAAGGGAAGCCCGUUCCGGGUGCCGACGUUAGUGGGGUUAGGGCAGUGACGAAGCGCCAACCAAGACAGUAUAUGAACCGCAGGGGAGGCUUUAACCGCCCGCUGCCUGCUGAGCGUAAUCGGUAGAAGAGGUUAGUAAAUUUUUAUCCUUGAAAAUUUAUGCUUGUUCUAUUCCGGGUUUACGUGAUUAGUAGCUUAAUCACUCUCUUAAUUGUAAUUGAGUUGAAGUUUGGCACUUUGAACUUGAUUGAAUCAUUUUACUAGUCUCUGAAAUCUGGGUUGUUGUUAUGGUUAUCCAGAAAACAAGCUAUUCGAUUAUCUCCUAAUGAUAUUUAGAACGGGAAUCAUUUAUUCGGUCCUUA